AUGGCAGCGCCUGCGGCGGCGCUGCGAGCCGUGCUGGCGCGGGCGGGGAUGGCGGCGGAGCGGUCGGGGCGCGCCGCGGAGGCGGUCCGUGUUGUGGCGGCGGGGAAGACCAAGCCCGUUUCGAUGCUGCGGCAGCUCUACGACGCGGGCGACCGCUGCUUCGGCGAGAACUACGUGCAGGAGUUCGUCACCAACGCUCCCCAGCUUCCAGAAGAUGUCCGGUGGCAUUUUAUUGGGCACCUGCAGAGCAACAAAGUGAAACCGCUGUUAGCUGCUGUUCCAAAUCUUGAUGUGGUUGAGGGUGUAGAUAAUGAAAAGACUCAAAUUCUUGUACCUGUUACCUACGAUUGUAUGUGGAUUUCUUUAUUAACACAUAGAGUCCACAUUUUUCAGAUUGCUAACCACCUAGAUCGAGCUGUCAACUGUUUGGGAAGGGAGCCUUUGAAAGUUUUGGUUCAAGUGAACACUAGUGGAGAAGAAUCUAAAUCUGGAAUCGACCCCUCCAGGUGUGUCGACCUUGCUAAGCAUGUGAAACUAGCAUGCCCACACCUAAUAUUUUCAGGUCUGAUGACAAUAGGAAUGAAAGACUACUCGUCAACACCAGAAAAUUUUAAGGCAUUGGUGAAUUGUAAGCUUGAAGUUUGCAAGGCCCUUGACAUACCAGCAGAACAGUUUGAACUCUCCAUGGGAAUGUCUGGUGACUUUGAGCAAGCGAGGAACAUUGAAACAAGACCACGAAAUUGGGUUUUGCUACACACUAUAGGACUCCUGGAGUUCCAUUAA